AUGGCUACAGAAAUCCCAGUUGCAUCAUUGCCUCAAAAGAAGCUUCAGCAACUUCAGAGUUCCACAGUUGAUCCACGCAUGUACCUAUUUAUUGAGAAGUUCGAUUUAGAUCCGACAAUUAACGCUGUUGUUUAUGACAUUGAAGUCGGAAUACAGAAGGAAAACAUCGUUCACAUUCAUAAAAUCCAGAGAAGAUAUUCCCAACUCUUUGAGUUCGAUUCUCAGAUCAGACCACUUUAUAAGGAAAAUCGUUUCUUACAGGCUUUUCCACCAAAAAAGAUGUUUGGAAAUAAGGACAAGGCUUUUCUCGACCAAAGAGCUGAAGCACUUCAGAAAUAUUUGACAAAUCUCGUUAAAGUUGCCGGAGUCAUUUCAACACCUCAUUUCUGCCGUUGCUUCGAGAUAGAUCCUAACUUAUUAAACGAGUAA